GCCAAUGUCCCUUUAGAUAUCAUACAAGUAUUGGCGCGCAAUCAGUUUAAAGUGUAAUUGCGCGAAACGUCACAUUUGUGCUAAAUACAAACUGGUUUGAGUGACGAGUGUUUCAACAAACAAGUUUUCUCGACAAGUCUACAUCAAUUAAGAUUUAGAUUUUAGUCAGUGUUUGGACACAGUGUUGUGCACUUGCGUUGUGUUUGUUUCACAUUAUUUUUGCUCUUUAUUCGAAUUAUUUUAUAAAACAUCGCAAAAUUUUUGAAAAAAUGUCUACUAAAAUAAAUCCUGAUUUACAAAAAGAAAGGGACCAAUGCACGUUUGAUAUAACGGAACUAACACAUUUUAUUGAUGGAGGUGUUGAGAAGACUGAGGAAAGAAAGAAAAGAGAGGAAAUGGCUCUCAAAGAAAAUAUACACAAUGAUGAUGUACCAUCCGUAUAUUUAAGUCACAAGGAGAAGUAUGAACUGGCUGUGAAAAAGGCUUGUCUACUGUUUAAGAUGAUACGAAAAUUACAAGAGGAAGAGAAUGCUGGAAUGGAAAAUUAUAUGGCAGUGCUCGGGGGUAAUUUAGGAUCUGCGAUCUUGAGCGACGGUUGUCCUCUCACACUGCACUAUGUAAUGUUUAUACCGACUGUAAUGGGCCAAGGAACUGUCGAACAGCAAGCCUACUGGAUUGGAAGAGCCUUCAAUCUUGACAUUAUAGGAACGUAUGCGCAGACGGAGUUAGGGCACGGAACAUUUAUUCGUGGAUUGGAGACUACUGCGACAUAUGAUCCUAGUACCAAGGAGUUUGUUCUCCACAGUCCCACGCUCACCUCCUACAAGUGGUGGCCCGGCGGAUUGGCCCAUACAGCGAAUUACUGCAUUGUUAUGGCCCAGCUUUACACAAAAGGAAAAUGCCAUGGAAUCCAUCCGUUCAUUGUCCAGCUCCGCGAUGAGGAAAAUCACAUGCCGCUGCCUGGCAUCAAGGUUGGCGAAAUUGGCGCCAAGCUUGGUAUGAACGGAACAAACAAUGGAUUCCUAGGCUUCGAUCAAGUGCGGAUACCCAGGGAUUACAUGCUAAUGAAGAAUUCGAAGGUCUUAGAGGACGGAACAUAUGUUAAUUCCCCAAGUUCGAAGCUAACAUACGGCACAAUGAUGUUUGUUCGCGUGAUGCUGGUCAAUGACAUGUGUAAUUACAUGGCUAAGGCCGUCACCAUAGCUACGAGAUACUCUGCUGUGAGAAGACAGUCGCAGCCAAAACCCAACGAGCCAGAGCCGCAAAUCCUGGAUUACCUGACGCAGCAGCACAAACUGCUGAUCGGCAUCGCUUCCGUGUAUGCAUUCCGCACCAGCGCCGACUGGUUGUGGCUCAUGUACAACAACGUCACCGCGGAACUCGAGGCCGGCGACAUGGAGCGCCUGCCUGAGCUGCACGCGCUGUCGUGCUGCCUGAAGGCGGCCAGCACGGCGGACGCGGCGGCGUGCGUGGAGCGCUGCCGGCUCGCGUGCGGCGGCCACGGGUACAUGCUGUCGUCCAACCUGCCGGUCACCUACGGGCUGGUGACCGCCGCCUGCACCUACGAGGGCGAGAACACCGUCAUGCUGCUGCAGACCGCAAGGUUCCUGGUGAAGGCGUGGCAGCAGGCUAUCAGUGGAAACACUCUGACGCCCACAGUGUCGUAUCUCGGAGUCCUGCGUAACGGAAGAAGGUCACCACCCUGGGACAACACCAUCGAGGGUAUAAUUGCAGGUUUUCAAAGAGUUGCCGCCGGGAAAAUCGGUCAGUGUGUAGCACAAAUUGAAAAACGUCAGAAAAGCGGGAUGUCAUACGAAGACGCGUGGAACAUGACCUCGGUCCAGCUCACGUCGGCUUCUGAGGCGCACUGCCGCGCCAUCCUGCUGGCGACGUACUUCGACGAGACGGAGGCGCGCGCGGGCGGCGUGUCGCCGGCGCUGCGGCGCGUGCUGCGCCAGCUCGUCGACCUGUACGUCGUGUACUGGGCGCUGCAGACGCUCGGCGACCUGCUGCGGUUCACAUCGAUAUCUGAGCGCGACAUCGAGCAGCUCCAAAACUGGUACGAAGAUUUACUGGUACAACUACGCCCCAACGCUGUCGGUCUGGUUGAUGCCUUUGACAUUAGGGAUGAGAUUCUAAACUCAACGCUCGGUGCUUUUGAUGGUCGUGCUUACGAACGUCUGAUGGAAGAAGCUAUGAAGAGCCCCCUCAAUGCUGAGCCUGUUAAUAAAAGUUUCCACAGCUACCUCAAACCGCUCAUGCAGGGCAAGCUGUGAUAUGUUGCAAUUGAAAAAAUUCUAAAUAAAAUAUGGUGCCUUGCGUGAUAAAUACUGGCCGUUAAGUU